UCGCGAACACUUCGCCGAAAUCGCGCAUAGUAACGUAUACUUACAGCGGUAAUAGGUACGAGGUUUGGUAAAUUACCAUUGUAAUGGUAAUUCGGCCGUGAAUGUCGUCUGCAGAUUGUCUGGCAACGUAUAUCUUACUUUUGAGAUGCGGAGUAUCCAUGGCGCCUGGAUCCCGUGCCGGAGACCAUGAAGGGGUUCGGUCAUGUUCCUGUUAUUACUGUUUCUAUUUUAACUAUAUUUGCUAUACAGGCAGUUGAAAGGAGAGAACGAGAUGAAAGAAUACCAGAAAUGACUUAUACAUCUAAAGGACACAAAUUGCUCUCUAGUACGAGUUUCGAUGCAGGUUUACAUAUCAUAGACGUGGCUUCAUAUUCGAAAUGGAGUCGAUGGAGUGUUUGCCAAAACGGUAAGAAGACUAGGCGGCGGCAUUGUCUACGACGAAAUGUAUGCGGGGAUUCGCUACGGAUUGAAAUUGCAAGUUGUGCAGAAGACGAAACACGGCCAACGCACCGAAAUUUUCGAGAAGAAGUUUUGCACAUACAUGGCAUGCGACGCCAAAUGAAUUCAAACGAAGUUCAGAAAAGAUUUCGUGGUUUCUCUCCGUGGACUUCGUGGAGCCCCUGUUCAAAGAAAUGCACUACUGUUAGACGAAGAUUUUGUCAAAGGCCGGUUCUUUGUGGGAAGAAAGUUUUGAGGCAAUCCGCUUACUGCUACUUGGAAGGUAGUUUCUGUCAACAUUGGAUCCGCGGUAGGAUGCAGAAGAGAAAGGACCCAGGGUAUAGCGUAGUAGAAACGAUGCCACGUCCAGUGACAGCAUUACACCGAGAAGACACAAGGGUAUCUAGAACCACGAUGCCGCCAUGUGGGAAAAUUGGACGAAUCCGAGGAUCUCCUGCAAUGAGGAUGCGAGCGAGAAUGCAGCAGAUGGUCAGAAUUAUAGGUGGGAGACCCACCAUACCUGGCAAGUGGCCGUGGCAGGUCGCUGUGCUCAACCGGUAUAAGGAAGCAUUUUGCGGAGGUACAUUAAUAUCUCUCCGGUGGGUGGUGACAGCGGCUCACUGUGUGAGAAAGCGGCUUUACAUAAGGCUAGGAGAGUACGACCUCACGACGCGUGGCCGAGGCGAGGUCGAGUUGAGGGUCACGGAGGCCGUCAUACACCCGCAGUACGAUCCCGACACGGUGGUCAAUGAUGUUGCUAUGCUACGGUUACCAGUACCAGCCCGACCUGAUCUAGGCCACGGAAUCGCCUGCCUCCCUGACCCUGGUCAGGCACUGCCUCCGCACACUACCUGCGUUAUACUGGGCUGGGGGAAACGAAGAGCGACCGACUUGCACGGCACUAGAGUGUUGCAUGAAGCUCAGGUGUCUACUAUUCAGCAAGGUGUGUGCAGACGUUCAUACUGGCAGUACGCUAUCACCGACAACAUGGUGUGCGCGGGUCGCGGAAGAAGGGACUCUUGCGCAGGAGACUCGGGCGGCCCGCUGUUGUGCCGGGAUAAUAACAUGAGAUAUUAUUUACAGGGCAUAACGAGCUUUGGGGACGGCUGCGGGAAGAGGGGGAAGUAUGGCAUAUAUACCAGGACUGCGGGGUAUGUGCCGUGGAUGAAGCGUAUUAUGAGCGAUCGGUACUUCGAUUGACUUUUUGUGAUGUAAACGACUACCUCAUAAGAUGAUUUCUGAGCCAAGUGACAUAUAAGAAUCGGAAGAAUUUUGAUUUAUUUAAUCACUGAUAUAUUAUAUACCUCAACAAAGACACACUACAUUAGAAUAAUCUAUAUAUAUCACUAUGUAAAAUAUGUACUCUAAGAAUUUGUGGACAAAAAUAACAUAUAAGUUUGAAUACUUAAGAAUUUAGAUUCUCAAACUAAACGUAUUCUUUAAGGUACAUCACAUCACAACAUACCACAUAAUACAAAUUCACUUUAUAUUUACACCAAAUAAUAUAACACUUGUUUAUUCUUUGUAUUUAACUACAAAAUAUUCAUUCUUGUUAAUUCAGCUUCUGGGAGCGAAAUAAUGUUAAAUUAAUACUGAACUACAUUUAUUAGAGUUUAUCGGUGUGUAUUAUAUUUUUUAUCCGGAGUAGAUUAAACAAGUCGCGAUAUUACGGGGUAUACAAGCAAAGUAAGGAUUUAUAAUACCGUAUCUGCUUGAACGAGAAAUAACUGUAAUUUCCGUUGAGUCGCCUAAGUUCAGAAUUUAUGUGAGGUGCCGAAAAUAAGCUUUCCAAAUUCUGAGAGCAAAAAUUGAAAGAGAAUUUAGGCUAUUUGUAAAAACAGGAAGGAAUUUUUAUUAAUGCCUACUCUAGCUUUUUUUUAAUAUUUUUUUUAGAAAUAAGAUGUGUUCGUUAAGCUAAGGUGCAAGAAAUAUAUUGCAAUUAUUUACAUUUUGGUUCAAUUUCAAAAUCAAAAAUUGCAGCUAAUGCGAAUUUUUGACGAAAAGCAAGGCGAGCCUACGGAAUAUUCUGAUUGGUAAUAUUAAUAAGUAAAAGUCAACUUCUUCUUCUUAUGCGUUACACUCUUGUCAGAGUGGUCGUGGUCGUACAGAAUGGUUAGUGUAAGAAAAGUCAACUAACGUUCCCAUUAUGUAUAUUAGAGGAUAUAUUUUUCACAUAUUUAUUUAACUCCUUAUUUAAGGCGUGAUUUGUUUCAUGUGAGCUAAAAAUAA